UAUAUUUCCAAAAUCUGCUUCAGUGAAAGCAAAUCCUCGCCUGCAGCACCCAGAAGUGAACAGUAGGCGACCCGGAAGGUCUGAACUCCGACUGAAGGCAAGCAAAAGGAACAUCUUAUUAUUUUAUAAAAUAUCAUUAAAUCUACCAUCGAGGUCUCAGGAUGGCUGAACCUCGUUUUAAUAAUCCCUACUUCUGGCCCCCACCACCCAACAUGCCUGGCCAGCUGGAUAACCUUGUGUUGAUCAACAAGAUCAAGGAACAGCUGAUGGCUGAGAAGAUCAGACCGCCCCACCUGCCGUCUUCCACAGUUCCCUCCCAACAGCAACUGCUGGGGAAUCCUACACAGACAGAAAGUGGGCAGCAUGUCCAGAUGUCAGUUGAGAAACUGCAGCAGAUGCAACAAGAACUCCAUGCCCACAGCCCGUCCCAUCCAGACAUUGCCCUGCACGCCCGGCCAGCCUCCAGCUCUGUUGCAGGACGUAUUCUUGGUGAUGUAAACUUUAAUCUGGAUGAUAAAACAGCUAUAAAAGCUAGAGGAUUGUGGGAAGACUGGCAUUUGCGUCAAAUCAUAGACCAACCCUCUAGAACGAACCACCUGUCAGGUCUGCCACUUUCCUCUCGAAUGGGCAACCAUAACACCUCAGAGGCCGUCACUCUGGCCACACCCAACUCCAAUAGUCUGAGCCGACUAGGCGGAGCCCCCUCACCACAUCAUGUCCUCUCAGGCUUGGCCAGUGGCCCUGGGAUGGAGCAAAUCAAAAGUAACGGAGGCCUUGCUGGACUGCUGGGGCCCCCUCCCAAGAUGGAGGGGCGAGGCCGUAAGAAGAUAAAAGCUGAGAACGGUGGUGGCUCUCUGUUGGUGGUGCCUUAUCCCAUCCUAGCCUCAGGCAACGACCAAUCCUGCCACACCAUCACCCCCAAACAGGGCAAAUGCUACAGGUGUAAAUCGUGCCCGCUGACCUUCUUCUCCAAGUCAGACAUGCAGAUCCACUCCAAGUCCCACACAGAGGCCAAGCCUCACAAGUGUCCUCACUGCUCCAAAUCCUUCGCCAACGCAUCCUACCUGGCCCAGCACCUCCGCAUACACCUGGGCGUCAAACCUUAUCACUGCUCCUACUGCGAGAAAUGCUUCCGCCAGCUUUCCCACCUGCAGCAGCACACCAGGAUUCACACUGGAGAUCGGCCCUAUAAAUGUGCCCAUACAGGUUGUGAAAAAGCCUUCACUCAGCUCUCCAAUCUGCAGUCUCAUCAGAGACAGCACAACAAAGACAAGCCCUACAAGUGUCCGAACUGCUACCGUGCCUACUCGGACUCUGCCUCACUGCAGAUCCACUUGUCUGCGCAUGCCAUCAAAAACGCCAAGGCCUACUGCUGCAGCAUGUGUGGCAGAGCCUACACCUCAGAGACCUACCUUAUGAAGCACAUGUCCAAACACACGGUGGUGGAACACCUGGUGAGCCAUCACUCUCCACAGAGGACGGAUUCUCCCAGUAUCCCCAUACGGAUCUCCCUCAUCUGAGCACUUCGCCCUGACACCCUACCCUGACACCCUACCCCUGACACCCUACCCCUGACACCCUACCUUGACACCCUACCCCUGACACCCUGACCUGACACCCUACCCCUAACACCCUACCCCUGACACCCCUGUAAGGUCACACCCCUCCACUUAAGCGUAAUCAAUCCCAGAUAUUUUGGCUUUUAUUUGUUUGUUUGUAUACCCCAUGUGGGUUUCAAAAAUGGGUCAAACUGUAUUUGUACCUUAUCAAGAGGUAGACUUUUUUUUCUGUCAUCUAUAUGGUGUGAUUGGGUAAUGUUUGGGACAUCCAAAGAUGAUUUUACAGCACUUUCAGGCCUCAUAGUAUUGGCCAAAAAGUUUUUUAGUCUACUAAGACAAUAAAAGGCAUUGCUCCAGGCAGCUAAAAAGUUAACCAUAGGUGUUAUAAUGCAUUAAAGGACCACUCCUAUGUUUUUCUAUAUUGUCCUUUUGUCCGCUUUGCUAAAGUAUAUUUACAUUGGGAACUUUACCUUCCUUUUGGUUAGGUCAACUAAAUCAUGUAUCCAAGCAUUUUUUAGUUCCCACGCCUAAUGUCAAUGUUUGCAUCACUUUUGUUACUUAAAAAGGAAUUGUUCUCAUGUAAGCUUUAUAACGCUUAAGUAUGUCUUUUAGACAACAAUGCACACAAAAGGCUUUCAAAAUGGAGGGCCAAUACCUAUGUUUUAUUGUUGUAGUUUUCAUCGUGUUAAUAUGAUUGUCCAUGGUAUUAAAAAGGACACUGCUUAUGGCAAUCCUGAAAAGCACCAAAAUAUAUUUUGAAUCUGAUGUUGGUAUUUGUAGAAACUCAGCAUGUAAGAGUACAAAUAUUUGUGACGUAUUGAAGCACAAAGAAUUGUCCAUAAUGGAACUUACAUAUUUGUUGGUUCAAGCCAUUCCAGUACCUGACAGAUUUUCAACAAGAUUUCAAUGGAGGCAGACAACUCAUUUGAAAUCUAAAUGUAUGAAAUAUCUUAACACACAUUCCAUUAUUAUGUAACAUUUCAAUGUGACUCGAUUGAACCCUCCACCAUGUGUCAUGCUGUGGUCAAUUGCAUGCAUGAGCUCUGCCUGUGUGCUACAAAGAAUUGUUUGCCUACGUUGAUGAGGAAGGGGUCUCCUCAUAUUUCCUUUUAUCUUACCUAUGAAAUAGGAAUGGAAAGUACAAAUACGAGAAUCCACAGGUUUGAAACCAAAUGAAUGUAAUCCUUCUUAAUUUGUAUAUUUUCCCCGUGUCUGCCAGUGAUGGAUAUGGUGUGCUGUCUGGUAGAAAAUGGCAGAGCACAUUACAAAAUGUGAUACCUCCUGGCCUUUCAUUGGUUAACACCGGUGAAGCUCUUUGCGAAGAACAACAUGUGCUGCCUCCUCACUGUCUCCUUUUCUAUUGAGUGAUUAUUUGUACAUAUAUUCUGCAUCUAUGUCCUGCAGGUUAUUUUAUGCCCUUUAAUGUUUAAAUUGAAAAUGAGUAAAUUCCUGUUUUGGGUGUCCCAUUAAAUAUGUAUAGAUAUCUUUAUGUACAAAAAGACCUCCUUGUGUCUUGUAAUCAUUUUGCUCUCAUGUCUAAAUAACAAAAUGUUAAUCAUUCAUAAUUUUAUACGCAUUUAAGCCUUAACUUGUAUCAUUGUAUUACAUUUUAUUUGUCCCAUAUUGAUGCCUCUCUGUACCCAGUGUUUUAUGCAUUUUAUUUCUUAGCAUGGAAUAUACUGUAAAUAAACUAUAUUAACUGUUAAUCCCUUUUCUAUAGUAAAUGAUUAUAUAGGUCUAGCUAUUAUUACAAAAAUCAUUGUUUCAUUUGUCAUGCAUUGUGGUACCAUGUCCACAUUACACGCAGUCAAGACUUAAGAGUGAAUUGACUUUGUGUAAGAAUGAGCAAAUAAUAAAACUAUUCAAAUGUU